AGCUCAGAUCAAACCUGAACUGCAGCAGCAGUGCAUCCUCCUCUUUCUUCUUUACGAGAUGCUUUUCUAAAAAGCCUGUGUGAUGUGUAGCCCACAGCCUGGAAACACUCCCUCCUUCAUCUUGCAGGCGCUCCUUCAUGUCCAAGUUCAGUGUGAAUUUUAUAAUUCACUGGUUAUUUCCUGUAUUUUCUGAACAAGUAAAAGGCUCCUGUUCUGGGCAGAGGUUCAAGGUUCUAGGAAGGAAACAGGGUGGGCCGUAUGUUCCAGUACUCUGUUGGACAUGCUGCAAAGGAUGGCAAUGGUUCCCAGCCUCAGCCACCAUCUGGAGGACAGCCAGUCCAUGGGAGCUCAUCCUUCUCAGCCUGGCAGUCCCUGGUGACAAAAAACCUUCACACCCCCAAGCUAAAGGGCAUCUGAAGAGAGGGACAUUGUCAUGUCCAGCAGUUACACUGUCAGCAUUUGGCAGCCAAGAGAAGGCUGUUGGGUUUGCACAACUGGGAAGAAAGCUGGAAGGAAGGGUACCUGUGGGAAAGCAUCUGAUGGUGUGCCGGAGGCACACACAAGCAGUCAGAGAGGGGACAGGACCUAUGCUUGGAGCUGAGCCAAAAGGUGUUUUGGUUCAUCUUUGCCUGCAAAUAGGGCUUCAGUCUGUGUGAACGUGCCAGACCAGGACCGCUGGGUGCCCCUUGAAGGACCCCAACUGUGCGCCUUUAAACUUUGCCAGCUUGACUGGGCAGGUAGAGGCAUGAGGACUGAAACCUUUUGGUUCAGACUAUCUGUGGACUAUAAAAUGUAAAAUUAAAACAGAGCUUUGUGAACUGCUGAGUCUUUGAGAUACCAUGCCCCACUGUGCUGUGCUUUACAGAAUAAGAGUAAAUUCCUCAAAGGUGACACUUGCUUUAAGAUCACCUCCUCCUCUAGGAAAUAAGGGGUGCUGAAGAUGGCAAACAGCUCUGCUCCUUGGAUUGGCUGUGCUUAUCUCUUCCUCCAGUCAACGUGUAAGACCAUCAUUCUGCCAUCUCUCUAUGAGAGCUCCCAGAAGAAACCUAGUGUGUUCAAGGCACUGAAGCUGGCAUUAGCAGACUCCACCGGCAGCAUAAAUGGUGUGGACAUGCUCAAAGUGCACUGCAGCCACCCGCACCUGAUAGUCCAGCUCAAGUUCUGCAAGCAGGAGAACUGCCGCCAGUUCCUGCAGAGCUACCGGGAAGGAGUGCUCCAGGAGUCCCUCCAGAAACACCUCCAGCUCUCCUUAGCCAUAAGUGCAGUGCCUCUUGAAAUGGAGCUGAAGGCUGGCAGUGAGCACCUCGACAGCAUGCUGAAAGAUGAGGAUCGUUGCCUGGAAUGUAUCUACAGAGAAAAGCCAGACCGUCUGCGGGAUGAGGAAAUCACAAAGCUUGAAGAAUGCCUCGAGAGCCUGAUUGUUCACCAGAGCAUCAACAACAGCACGGCUGUAAAAGACUGCACAUCUCUCAACUCCCCGUCUCUACCUGGCCCUUCUCAAGGCAACUCCCUUUCCCCACAGGUUACCUUCACCUUUCAGGGACAAGAGUUCGAUUCCCUCUCAAAAGUGCCAUUAAGUGCUGGAGCUCAUGUCAACCUUCCUGGAAUGUCAUCAUCUUUAACAGCAUUCACAGGUGCCUUCAUUGCAGAGACUCGAAGGAAAAGGGUUUUCCAGUGAUAUUCCAUGGUGGAAUUUUCUUGAGCACAUGGUUGGUUUGGGACCAUAGCAGUGGCUGUUUCAUGCUGCCUUUUCCAGAUCAGUCAUCAGCAUCAGAUGCAAUAAAAACUCAAUUCUGGUCUCAGGCGGACUCCUUCCUGCUGAAAGAACAGGGUUGUUUUUUUUUUUUAUUAUCUGGCACAAACUUAGAUGAGACAAUUUUCCCAGAAGCCUUAGGAUUAAAUAGGUCAAUUGAAUUGUGAGUAUACAAUGUCAUUUGCAUUGAUUUGGCAUUUGGCUGGGGCUUGACCCUGAAUUUGCUAGUUUUACCAAGAAGAUUUCACAGUGGUUUUCCACCAGAGUACAAAGACAAGGGAACUUGAUUAAACAGGGAAGCAAGAAGCACUCACAAAGGAAAAAACAUCAGUAGAGAUUUGUUGAAAAAGUUAGAGGUGUGUUUUUGCCUUGGAUAGUUAUGCAAAAAGUGGAACUGAAGAAAGAGCUAUAUGUUAGGGAUACUACCAGGAACUCAGUGCUAUAUGCUAGACGAUGUAGAUAAUAGCUAGAUAAUAAGCACCCCUGGUGACUGCCUGGCUGUCAUGCUGGCGGAAGGGGAGCACACUCUUGCUUUCUUCCUUGCCUGUGCAAAGUUGGUUGUGCGCGUACUGCACCUACUCAGAUGUGACAUGGAAGUGACACUCCCUUACUUCUGUUAUAUCGAUUAGCUAAUGUCUAGUGUGUGAGAUAAGCCAUGGGCAGUGCUGCUGCUGAUGAAUUUGGCCUGACCCCCUAACAGCACUUUUCUGUGUAAUGAGAUAUGUUGGGGAAAAAAGUAAUAUGUUUUCUGGGGGUGGUGGGGUUCAGAAUCAAAUAUGCAUCAAACCAGCACAAUACUAAACGCAAAUAAAGAUGCAAAUCAGAUGCAUAUAAAAAAAUAAAGCAGACAAAAUAUGAAACAGCAGAAACCAUGCUGAAAUCACUUACAGGAAGGGAUCCAAGAGGGCUUUUCUGUGAUAGAGAUUGUUUUUGUAGUUUAGCAAUGUUUCAGAUUUGAAGGAGGCUUCUUUCAGUCUGCCAGAAGGAAUAAAAGAUCCAUCCAAAGGAGAAUUUGAAUGAUUUGUUUUGGCAUAGUUGAGCUACAGUGUUCAAAGGGAUAGCAACAAACAGGAGAGUGAAAGUUAAAACACAAACACUUUGAGGUGAGGCAUCUGAAACAUGAGUGUACAUGUAUACAGUGAGAGUAUACCAUGAUCCAUGGUUGUCACAAAGGAAAAUAUCAACGCUUUCUGGAGAGUUGAGUCACUGAAAGGCUGACUUUAACCCUCUUAGGAGCUUGCAAUACACCAUAGAUGAAUUCAUCUGCUGAGUAUUACAAUGCAGCAUCACAGCACAUAAAGAAGGUGCUCUCUUCCAGCAACUUCAGUUUUCCCUUGUCACCAUUGCUUAGAUAGAGCAGUUUGUCAGGUGGAAACAGUACUUGACUCAAAAACAAGGAUGGGCUCAUUGUGAUUGAUCAGAAGCACUGCAGUAUCAUGAGCUGGACUUUAAAGGAAUCAUAAAAUUUUCUUCUGGAUUUUCAGAGUAAGUCUAAAAACAAAUGUCAACAACUCACAGGAAUACUUCCCAGAUUUCAAUUUUCAGCUUCAGCCCUACCACUGAAAGGAUGGAUAUCUGGAUUAUCCAUCACCCUUAUAGCACAGGGCUGGAACUAAGAUGACCUUUAAGGUCCCUUCCAGCCCAAACCAUUCUAUGAUUCUGUGAUUAUUUUUAAUGCAAAAUGGGGUGCUAAUGUCACAGCAUGGCAGGUUACAGAGCUUUAUUGAAAAAAAUUAGAGCCUCCAAGUAGAAGUUUCCUGGAGUUCCUUAAUUGGGAAGUCUCAGAACUGUAUUCAGUUCAAAAUCUGGGGGAUGUUGGGGCAGAACACAGAAUAUACUUUGUCAAGAUAUGGAAAACAUAAGGCAAAAAAAAAAGUGCAUAGGCUUAGGGCUGAGGGAAACUGCUUGCCCAGAGAAGGCCAAGGUGCUUGGUACAGGCACUGCUCCAGACAAAUGUAUUUUCCCAGUGUGAGGAAAUUGUGGGGUUUUUCCUUACCUGUUAAUUUUGGCAUUCAUUUCAAAAUCCAGUUCAGCACUGAGAAGCUGUCUUGCUGCCUGGGUCACCAUAUUGCCUUCCCUCUAAGGUACCUUAGAAACAUGUCUGAGUCACACCCUGGCAGCUGUCCACAGACUCUGAAACCGUGAGUGAGCAUGCACAGCAACAAGAAGCCUCAGAUUCACUUAAACUCCUGGUUUGGUUUAACUGAAAAUGCUGGUAUAGCCUAGUAUUGUACACAUCUAACCAAAGAGACACUAGGAUAGGAGUCAAGAGGGUUUCUUCAGUCUAACCCACCCACAUAAUGGCGUGUGUAAGUAAAAUUGGUGAGAUAUGCUUGUCCGAUGUAAAUCAGUGUCUGGCCAUUUGUCUUUUGUACAGAGGUGGGCUCAAACAGUGAGACAGUUUAAGGCCUCAAAAAUUUUCUUCUCUGGUUUGAAUUUUAAAGCCACUGGAGGGAUUUGGCAGUAUAUCUCUAACUGAAAUCUGUAGGAGGUGUGUGGUUAAGUCCCUCACUCAUCAGUGGAAAAAUCCCUUGUUGACUUUCUCAUUCCAAAUUUCUGUAAUAUUCAGCAUCAGAUGUGUAUCAGCCAUCUACAGCUAUGAACUGCAGUGCCAUGGAUACUCAGAUCUAGGACAUUCAACCUCCAACGAAUUGUCUUUCAUAGUAAAAAUUACUUUGGUAUAUUUUUUCCUCUAUACUUUUGUAUAAAUAAACUUUUUUUAAUGAAAA